AUGGACUCCCGCCGCCCCUCACUUACUGCGUCAUACUCCUUCUCUGGCCCCUCCGUGGCCGAAUCAUCCUCACGAAGCCUGAAGCGCCGCCUAACGACCUCGGGAACAGAACCCGCGUACUUUCAUCCCGCGAGUACUUUCAGGCCCAAGCCUUAUCAAUUCGACGCCCCAGAUCCAUCCACAUUGUCUGCAGCUCCAGCUGAGCCACCUAAUCUCCCCCCUGGCAUAGCGUCGACAUCGCGAAACCCUACCACGCGACACACAUCGUCGCGGAACCAUCACCUCAGCUACAAUCCAUCACUAACUAUGGACCCAUCCCCGACAGAUCCUGGCGCUGUCUUCAUCCGUCCACCGUUCACCUCUUUCCCGGAUGCUCACAAAUACAAGGACGGUCUGACCUACAACCUCAUGGCGGCAAAUCCGGAGUGGUUCCUCGACCCGAAGGAUUUCAUAUCCUAUAUCCACAGCGAUCCCGCAGCGAUCUGCUACCCGUCACAGCUUGAGCCACCUCGCGGGUGGUGCCCCACGAAGAAGAAAGACGUCAAGGAUAAGUGGCCCGGAGGUGAGGAGCAGCCCAAGCUGCGAUGCACUUUCUGCCGCCGCACCUACGCGGGGGUGAACGCGAAAAGUAUGUGGCGUCGGCACGUCUACGAAAAGCACAAGAUCGCCAUGUCCAACCGACGCGACACCGCCGAACGUAAGGGUCGUGGUUCGAACAAGGAGAACAAGGACCGGGAAGCCAGUCAACCGAGCAGCGCGAACAACUCCGGAACGGCGAACAUGGAGGAGGGACCAUCAAUGGACCGCAUUGAUGCAGCUGACUGCAACGGCGAGUCCCAUCGAAGCCCUGAUGCGUCUUUUCCCGACCGGUCAUCUGCAGUCGCAAUUCAGCCGUCGGGACAAUACCCUCGUCUUCUUCAGGACGAGGUCCUUGAGCCUGAUGGCAACGUUGACCUCUUCCGUUCCGUGACGGUCAACACCCCUCCUCUGACGCCUGGUUUCUCACCUUCAAAGUCGGCAAGCAGGCGGCGUCUGAACUUCACUUAUAUCGCCGAAUCACCCUACGAUCCUCUUGUGACUCCCUCUUUCCGCCACUCUCCCGCGCGGCUCCCGUCCGACCAGCCCUGGCGCUUCCCAAGCCCCAGUCAUCCGCUCCACAGCGCACGGGACCUCUCGCUGUGCAUGCUCGCGCGCGGGGAGGCGAGUCCAACUGUGAGCGGGCUUGAUGUUAGUCCUGUCGUCAUUGUUCCUGCCAGCGAGCGGGGCAAACGGAGCAUCUUCAGCAGCCCCUUCGCCCUCUCCGACGGCGCCGACAAAGGCCCCUUCUCCGAAUUCGAUGACAAGCUGAGGUUUACGACUGGGUCCACGCCGCGGCGCUUGUUCUACGAUGGCCCUUUGCCCGCGCCUAUGUCGGACCGCUCGAAGUUCAAGGAGUACAGGAUUGCCGAAUCGCCGUUACGACGUACAAUGAGCAGCCGGAAGGACGUCAGCAUGGGAUCUGCUAUGACAGCUAGUAGCUCCUGUCGAGACAUGUCGCUGUCUCCCGUCCCAAAAUCCGCCAGCGGGACGGGUCUGUUGGCUCCCAUCCAGCUGCAAGGAGAAGAUCCGUUCGCGGAUUCGCUCUAUGAAUCGUGGGUCGACCUGACUGGCAGCGGCGGCGAGGGCAGUGCUGGAGGGAGCGGCGGCGAAGGCAGUGCCGGAGAGAGCGGCGGCGAGGGCAGUGCCGGAGAGAGCGGCGGUGAACUGAGCCCACCCCCCUCUCCUGAGGAGGAAAAUAUGACCCUCAUGUCCACUCAGCCAGGGUCUGCUCGGUCUCGCCAGGUGUCAUCCUACAGCUCCGGCUCUGGUAGCUCGAGCAGUGCCAAAGGCAAGGCCACUGCGCUCGCAGGCCUCGGCAUGGGCCUCAUGGACGCAGUCCUCUCCAGCAGAAGCCGGUCGAGCAGCGGCAAGCACAAACGGAAGUCACACCGCAAUGAGGACCACGACAUCGCGACAAUGUCUCGCCCGGAGAGGGAGGAGACGGCGCCUGUGUCGCCCAUUCAGUGGGGCCGGAAGGCCGGAAGGGACCUCUUAGCCGACUGGUUGAGGGACGACGACAGUGACUCCGAAAUCCGGGAGGCUCACCAGUCCAAGAAACGCAGAAAGACCCUCAGCGGCCGCACCUGA